AUGCACAAAUCAUAUGAUAAAUAUACUGGGGAUACUCGGCUUACAUUAUUAAAAGACCUUUCUUCGAAAUUAACAAAACAAAAAAAUGUAUUUUUAAAAAAACAAAUUAACGAUCGUGACAAUUUAAUAGCAUCUUAUGAAGUGUGUUUAGAAUUGGUAAAACAAAAAAAAGGGUUUAGAGACGGCGAAUUAAUUAAACGCUGUGCAAUAAAAAUGGAAAAUGCUUUUGGAAACAAAGAAAUGGCAAGUAAAUUUGAAACAGUAUCACUCUCUCAUCAAACUGUUAGCAGAAGAGUUAAUGAAAUGAGUGAUCAUGUAUCUGGAAUGCUUCGUAAUAUAAUACAGAAUUGUAAGUACUAUUCUUUAGCAUUAGAUGAAAGUAAUGAUAUUUCCGAUAACAGUCAAUUAAUCAUUUUUAUUCGAACAAUUGAUAAAGAUUUUAAUAUACAUAAAGAACUACUUCAAAUAAAACCAUUAAUUACUGGAACUAGGGGUGUAGAUAUAUUUGAAGCAUUGAAAAAAAUUAUUUCAGAUUUUGGUUCAUUUGACAAUUGCACCGGUAUUAUCACUGAUGGUGCUCAAGCUAUGGUUGGGAUACAUACUGGUUUAGUAGGAAAUUUAAGGCAAAUAGGGCUUAAAUGUUUAUUUAUUCAUUGUAUUAUUCACCAAGAAGCAUUUUGUGCUCAAAGACACAGAGCAUUUAUUAAAUUUUUAGAAGAAAUGGAGAGUGAGUAUGGUGAUAUCCCGUUACACUGUGAAGUAAGAUGGCUGAGUGCAGGGAAUUGUUUGAAAUCUUUUUUCGCAUUGAGAAGUGAAGUUUUUGAAUUUCUUAAAUCUAAAAAUAUUGGACAACAGUUUUACGAAGACUUACAAAGUAUUUCAUUCAUGAAGUGUAUUGAGUAA